UUUCCGAUUCUCUUCUCUCUUUUUGUUCUGCCCUGUUUUUUUAUUUGUUUUUACCAUUUAAAAUCGAAAAGGACACUUUCGGCAUGGCGUGCGCAGCAUAAAGGACCUUCCCCUCUCAUCGUCUCCCCCUCAGGGCUCGGUCCCUUCGAUCCGCUCGACAAUGCCUGCGCAGGACCGCCGGGACUUCCCCUGCGCCGCCUCCGUCCGCUUUCCCUCCCUCCCCAACCUCCGCCGCGAUCAGGUUCACGCGAUCGACGACCACAUGGACCAACACGCCCUUCUGCUCCGCCUCCACGGCUGCGUGGCCGAGUACUUGCGAGACCUCUCCGUGGCAGACGCGGACGGAUUCCUUUCGCUCUCCUGGGUCUGCAAGCUCCUUCACGGGUUCCUCAUUUGCCACGAGGAGUUCCGCGCCGUCCUCCUCGAUCGCGUGCCGCUCGUUGUCCGCCCGCCCCUCGAUCGCUUCAUCGCCGACUUCUCCGACCGCGCCGUCAAGGCCCUCGACAUCUGCAACGCCGCCCGAGACGGCAUAGACCACCUGCGGCGUUGCCGUGCCCACGUCGAGAUCGUGGUCGCCGCGCUCAGCCCUGCCUCCUCCUCCCGGCAGAGACUCGGCGAGGGACAGGUUCGGCGCGCCCGAAAGGCGCUUGGUGAACUCGAGGUCAUGCUCGACGACAAGGACUGUGGUCACUCCUACCGAAACCGCUCCUUCGGCUAUAGUGCCGGCGCCGGCUCGUUCUUUUCAUCCAGUAGCAACCGCCGCAUCUUGCAGUUGCGCUCGAUUUCCUCUUCCGCGUCUCGUUCCUGGUCGGCAUCGAGGCAACUGCAGGCAAUGGGGAGCAAUGUGGUCGCACCUCGCGAUCACGAGAUCGACAGCACCGCCGGGCUCGCGGUGCCCAUAUACACGAUGAGCGCGGUGCUUCUGUUCGCGAUGCGCUCUCUUGUGGCCGCGUUACGCUGCCAGGACCGCGGCGCCCUCCAGGCCCAAAUUUUCAUCCCUCGGGGCUUCCCUUGGGCGGCGCCCAUCAUGUCUCUUCACCAACGGGUCGCGGAGGAGUCGAAGAAGAAGGAGCACCGCAGGAACUCGACCGGGCUUCUGAAAGAGCUUCGACAAAUCCAUAGCUGCACACACAAUCUGAUUUCCACAAUCGACAACAUCCAGUUUCCAAUGUCGGAGGAGGAGGAGAAAGAGCUGAGGCAAGGAGCACUGGAGCUGUCUCGAGUAUGCGAGGUCUUGAAGCAAGGACUCGACACAUUGGAGCGCCAGAUCAUGGAGAUAUUCCUUCGGAUUGGGCGUAGUCGCACCGAGGCUCUCGAUCUGUCGUCCCGUAGUUUGCGAUGAGGCCGUGCUUUGUUUUGACAGCGAACGGAAACCAAUGGCUGAAGACUCAGGCCAAUUGGUUCUUCAAUUCAUCGGACGGCACCAGCUGCAGGAUUGAGAUUAUCUGCUCUGAGGGAAAGCAGCAUCCUCUUUCAUCAAGACGCCUGCACGACAAACUUCGGCAAUGGAAUAGGCUCAAAGUACCCUAGUGAAAUAACUCCUAGAAGUUGAUUAGGGUAUAGUACCUGGUUGUGCUCUUGUGGCGGCUGCCGAGAAGAGGGGCAAGCUGGCGAGAGAGAGUACGAGUCAUGAAGAAUAAAAGGGCCCCCCAAGUGGCACCACAUGAUUGGUGAACGGAGGGGUUUUGUAGCUCAUCCCGAAAGGGGGCGAGGAAGAGACGGUUGACAGUAAGAAAUCCGUACGGAAUACAAGAUUUACAAUGUCCUGCGCUUGAAAAAGAAAUCGGAGAAAGAGUUGUUGGCGAAUAAAUAGAAAAUUUCUUCCAAAUUGCGCA